CUGUGUUUGAUUUUGGAUUUUUUAAAGGAAAUUAGGUUUGGGAAUGAGAAUGUACGGAGUGUAUUAGAAUUUGUAAGGGUCCUGACUUCAUUCCUCCUCCUACUUUAUGCAGAAAUUGAGGAGAUGUCUUCAGGAGGGGCUAUAAGUGUAGUGGGGAGUGAAGUGAUGCCCCUGGAUUACGGGAGCAUGGAUACGGAGAGCAGUCCAUCUCCAACUAGUUCAGAGAGGAGGGAUGAAGGAGUAGUAGAGGAGGAGGAAGAGGAGAUCCCUUCAAACGUUUUGGAAUCUGGGGGUGGCGUAGAUGGGUGUUAUGACCCCGACUUAGAGAUAGUUUCUGAGGUGAGGGGGUAUGUGAGCGAACUAGGUAGUAGGAGUAGCCUUAGGGGGUUAGUAGGGAACUGUAACCUUCCUCACCAUGUCCUAAUCAAGCCUGCCGGGGUGAAUGAGAGGGCAUGCUCAGCACCCCGAGACCAUUGGAUGCCCAUAUACCUCCACUACUUGAUUGCAGGGCUUAGGGGGGAGAAGGGGUGGUAUUACUUUGGUCCUCGAUCGUCCAGCAAAGAGAAUAGGAAUUUAUUCUCUGCUGGACCGUCAUCCAUCAAAGGAUGGAAAGAAAAGUUCUUCUUUUUGGAUGACACCGAGUGGAGUAGGAAGGAUGCCAAGGUAGGAAAGCUGGUGAGGGAAGAAGGAGACGUAGUGGAUAUCCUGUACCUCACCAGCCCGAAUGCAAUAGAAGCUGCUGAGCUCUAUGGGCCGAGCUCAUUGAGCGAAGCUGAGAUGGACGAUUUUGUUAAUGCUGCUGGAGGACUGCGCAUCCCCAAGAAGCCAAGGAAGAAGUCAACGACUUUAGCUGCGGCGAAUAGAGGGGAGCUAGAGAAAGAGCGCCUGCCUAGUACUUCUGCUCGAGUGCUGGAGAUACAGCAGAGGCUAGAGCUUGCAGGGGGGAAUAGUGAGGAGGUGAGUGAGGAGGUGGCCCCACUCCAGAGAAAGAAGAGGAAAGUGGUUGAGCCGGAGGUGAGGGGGGAUGAGGUGAUUGAGUUCGUAUCUCGCCCUCCCCCUUCUGAGAUGGGUCCUGAAAUCAGGGAGAGGAAGGGGGUCGAGGUGCGAAGGCCUAGCGAGGGCGCGAAGCUCAUCCCUCCUCACUUGUACGAGAAGAGUUUGUUUGAGGCGAGAAACACAACUGGGGUGAAGCACUUCCUGAACGCCACUCUGCCUGAGGUG